AUUGAACUCAGGACAAAGCUUUCUUCUCCAUUCCCAAACCCUUGCACGCACAAUUGAAAUUCGCCUGAAACCUAGAGGAGAACCCUCUCCAGUACUCGCUCAUGAAAGGCUGGGAAACCACAUUUCUGCCACUUUCUCGUGGUUUUCUCCUCUGAUUUUGCUCACCCAAUCCUCGUAACUUCGAGCUUCUUCUGAUAUUUAUAUAUACAAUAAUAUUUAACAAUGUCUCUGCCUCCUCUGGAGUUUGUGUACUUGACGGAGGACUCCAUUAAAGAAUUGAAGAACUCAAAUUCAAAUUUCAGAUUUCCUUCCCCGGCACCCGUCCUCCGGUUUCUAUAUGAACUCUGCUUCACCAUGGUCCGAGGGGACUUGCCAUAUCAGAAAUGUAAAGGGGCCUUGGAAGCAGUAGAAUUUUUGGACUGUGGUCCGGAGGGGGAUUUAGGAUCAUAUUUUGCUGAUAUUGUUGCCCAAAUGGCUCAAGAUCUUACUAUGCCUGGUGAAUAUCGCUCUCGUCUUAUCAAACUGGCAAAAUGGUUGGUGGAAUCUACAUUAGUCCCGUUGAGAUUUUUUCAGGAGCGGUGUGAGGAAGAAUUUUUGUGGGAGUCUGAAAUGAUUAAGAUAAAGGCUGCAGAUCUGAAGUCCAAAGAGGUUCGAGUAAAUACUCGUCUUCUUUAUCAGCAAACCAAAUUUAACUUGCUUCGAGAAGAAAGUGAGGGCUAUGCCAAGCUGGUUACCCUUCUCUGUCAGGUUCCUGAACCAUCAAAAAAUGCAUCAGCUGCAACAGUUGGAAUUAUUAAGUCAUUGAUUGGUCACUUUGACCUGGAUCCAAACCGAGUUUUUGAUAUUGUAUUGGAAUGUUUUGAGCUUCAGCUUGAUAACAGUGUUUUCUUGGACUUAAUUCCAAUAUUUCCCAAGUCACACGCAUCUCAAAUUCUUGGAUUCAAGUUUCAAUAUUAUCAGCGCAUGGAAAUCAACAAUCCUGUGCCACCUGGACUCUAUCACCUCACAGCUUUAUUGGUGAAGAAAGAUUUUAUUGACGUUGAUAGCAUAUAUUCGCAUUUACUUCCCAAGGAUGAUGAUGCAUUUGAGCAUUAUAAUGCCUUCUCCGCUAAGAGACUUGAUGAGGCUAAUAAAAUUGGGAAAAUUAAUCUUGCGGCCACUGGAAAGGAUCUCAUGGAUGAUGAGAAACAAGGAGAUGUUACAGUAGAUCUUUUUGCUGCUUUAGACAUGGAAACAAUGGCUGUUGCUGAAAGAUCCUCAGAACUUGCAAAUAAUCAAACUCUAGGCUUGUUGAUGGGCUUCCUUGCUGUGGAUGACUGGUUUCAUGCCCAUCAAUUGUUGGAGCGGCUGUCACCACUGAAUCCAGUGGAACAUCUUCAAAUUUGUGGGGGAUUGUUCAGGCUCAUUGAGAAAACAAUAUUUCUGGCUUAUAAAUUAGUAUGUCAAACACAAAUUUCAACUGCUGGUGUAUCCUCUGGUUCUAAUGUCGAUUCGGAGUCGGGAAGUUCGUCAGUGGAUAGAUCUUUUAUUAAUCUGCCCAAAGAGCUGUUUGAAAUGCUUUCUUCUGCUGGACCUUAUCUUUAUCGUGACACUUUGUUGCUGCAAAAGACAACCAGAGUGUUGAGAGCUUAUUACCUUUGUGCCCUGGAACUUGUUAGUGAUGGUGAUGGAGCAUUUAGUUCUCAUUCUGUUACAAUAGGAAAUCAAAGUCCUCGCCUCCACCUGAAGGAUGCAAGAUUAAGAAUUGAGGAAGCACUUGGAACAUGCCUUCUUCCGUCUUUGCAGUUGAUACCUGCAAAUCCUGCAGUUGGUCAGGAGAUAUGGGAACUUAUGAGUCUCCUCCCGUACGAGGUGCGCUAUCGUUUAUAUGGUGAAUGGGAAAGGGAUGAUGAACGUUUUCCAAUGAUUUUGGCAGCUCGGCAAACUGCAAGGUUGGAUACUCGAAGGAUCCUAAAACGUCUUGCCAAGGAAAAUCUGAAGCAACUUGGGAGAAUGGUUGCUAAAUUGGCUCAUGCCAAUCCAAUGACAGUUCUUCGAACAAUUGUUCAUCAGAUAGAGGCUUACAGGGAUAUGAUUGCUCCAGUUGUGGAUGCAUUCAAGUACCUUACUCAGCUUGAGUAUGAUAUCUUGGAGUAUGUUGUGAUUGAACGCUUGGCUCAAGGUGGACGGGAAAAGCUUAAAGAUGAUGGUCUCAAUUUGUCAGACUGGCUCCAAUCUCUGGCAUCAUUUUGGGGUCACCUGUGUAAAAAGUAUCCAUCAAUGGAACUCAGGGGUCUUUUCCAGUAUCUUGUAAAUCAAUUGAAGAAAGGGAAUGGGAUUGAGCUUGUUCUCCUGCAGGAACUAAUACAGCAGAUGGCUAACGUGCAAUACACGGAAAACAUGACCGAAGAUCAAUUAGAUGCCAUGGCAGGAAGUGACACUCUCCGUUAUCAGGCUACAUCAUUUGGCAUCACAAGGAAUAACAAGGCAUUGAUCAAGUCCACUAACAGACUUAGAGAUUCUUUGCUCCCGAAGGAAGAACCCAAGUUGGCGGUUCCGCUUUUGCUUCUGAUUGCACAACAUCGUUCUGUGGUUGUCAUAAAAGCAGAUGUGCCUCAUAUCAAAAUGGUCAGCGAACAGUUUGAUCGAUGCCAUGGGACCCUUCUUCAGUAUGUGGAAUUUCUUUGUAGUGCAGUGACUCCCACAUCAACUUAUGCGUUGCUGAUUCCCACUCUUGAUGAACUUGUACAUCAAUAUCAUCUUGAUCCUGAGGUGGCCUUUUUGAUUUAUCGGCCAGUGAUGAGACUGUUUAGGUGUCAAAGCACUCCCAGUUCCUUCUGGCCUUUAGAAUGUAAUGAAGCACUGAACCCUGGAGCUGCUGAAAAGGAGCCUGAAACUUCGGAUUCAUCCACCACAUUGGUUCUGGAUGUUGGAUCUUCUCGCAAGCCCAUCUCAUGGAUUAAUCUUCUUGACACUGUCAAGACAAUGCUGCCUGCAAAAGCCUGGAAUAGCUUGUCUCCUGAUUUGUAUGCAACCUUCUGGGGUCUUACUCUAUAUGAUCUCUAUGUGCCCAGAAGUCGUUAUGAAUCUGAGAUUGCAAAGCUGCACGCUGCUCUUAAAGCUCUUGAAGAAUUUUCUGAUAAUUCCAGUUCUGCAAUUGCUAAAAGGAAAAAAGAUAAAGAAAGAAUUCAAGAGUCUCUAGAUCGAUUGACUAUGGAGCUUCAGAAGCAUGAAGAACAUGUUGAGUCUGUGCGUCGUCGACUUGCUCAUGAGAAGGAUACGUGGUUGAGUUCAUGCCCCGAUACUUUAAAAAUCAAUAUGGAGUUUUUGCAGCGUUGUAUAUUUCCACGCUGUACAUUCAGUAUGCCAGAUGCUGUAUAUUGUGCGAUUUUCGUAAAUACACUCCAUUCCUUGGGAACACCAUUCUUUAACACUGUGAACCACAUUGAUGUUUUGAUAUGUAAAACCUUACAACCUAUGAUUUGCUGCUGCACUGAGUAUGAAGUUGGUCGACUGGGUAGGUUUUUAUUUGAGACGCUGAAAACUGCAUAUCAUUGGAAGAGUGAUGAAUCAAUAUAUGAGAGGGAGUGCGGAAACAUGCCAGGAUUUGCUGUCUAUUACAGAUAUCCAAACAGUCAGCGUGUUACCUAUGGUCAAUUUAUCAAGGUACACUGGAAAUGGAGCCAACGGAUCACUAGGCUUUUAAUCCAAUGCUUGGAAUCGACUGAGUAUAUGGAGAUUCGAAACGCCCUUAUUAUGCUGACAAAAAUCGCAGGGGUUUUUCCUGUUACACGGAAGAGUGGUAUCAAUCUUGAAAAGCGGGUAGCUAAAAUUAAAAGUGACGAAAGGGAGGAUCUCAAAGUGUUGGCCACUGGUGUUGCUGCUGCAUUAGCUGCUAGAAAGCCUUCAUGGGUUACAGACGAGGAAUUUGGCAUGGGUUAUCUUGAUAUAAAGCCGGCUCCUGCUCCUGCUUCUAAGUCUUUAUCGGCAAAUGCUACUGCUGUGCAAAAUGGAGCUGGUCUUAGUGUUUCUCAGGCUGAGCAAAUUGGGGGUAGAACUGUUUCUGCAGGAAGCUUACAUUCAGAUUCUGGGAAUGCAAUCAAAGACCCUAGAAGACCUGAUGUUGACAAUCUAAAACAGGUGGAUGAAUUGGCCAACAAACAAUUGGAAGAAAACACGAAAGUUACUUCUAAGACAUCUGUGGAACCUGAGGCGAGGCCUGUGGUGAAAAGGUCUGCCGCUGCUGGAUCUCUUGCUAAGCAGGCAAAGCAGGAUCUUGCCAAGGAGGAUGAUAAAUCUGGGAAAGCCAUUGGCCGAACUGUAGCUUCUUCUUCUGGAAAUGCAGCCACGAUUGGUUCAGCUAAAGUAGCAAACUCAUCCACCAGGCCUUCCGACCAUAACACUGAAAUAAAAGCUGAGAUCACGAAUGCAAAGUCUUCUGAUUCAAGGUUUUACAGUGGGAAAGAUGAUGGCACUGAAUAUUCAGAUGUUCAUAAACAGCCAACUUCCAGGUCUACUCAUUCUCCCAGGCAGGAGAAUCUUAUUGCAGCUUCUAAGUCCAGUGAGAAACCUCAAAAGAGAGCCAGUCCAGCUGAAGAACAUGACCGGCUAAAUAAACGUCGGAAAGGCGAAACUGAUUCAAGAGACAUAGAUGGUGGUGAGGUUCGAUUGUCUGAAAAAGAGAGGUCAAGUGAUUUGCGAGCUCCAGAUAAACUUCAUGUGGCAGCAUUUGAAAAGACUGGCUCUGAUGAACAGAGCAAUAGUAGGGCUAUAGAUAAACCAGUGGAUAGAUCAAAAGAUAAGAGCAGUGAAAGAUAUGAUAGGGAUUAUAGAGAACGAGUGGAUCGUCCUGAAAAGUCACGGGCUGAUGAUUUUUUAUCUGAAAAAUUGAGGGACAGGUCACUAGAAAGACAUGGAAGAGAGCGUUCCGUUGAACGAGUACAAGAAAGAGGUGCAGAUAGGAAUUUCGAUAGGCUAGCUAAGGAUGAUAGAACUAAAGAUGAUAGAAGCAAGGUGCGGUAUGGUGAACCAUCUGUGGAGAAAUCACAUGUAGAUGACAGAUUCCAUGGGCAAAGCUUACCUCCACCUCCACCUCUGCCACCUCAUGUCAUCCCGCAAUCUGUUAAUGCCAGUAGGAGGGAUGAAGAUGGUGAUAGGCGAUUUGGAAAUGCCAGGCAUACACAAAAGCUUUCUCCAAGACAUGAUGAGAGAGAAAGGAGAAGAUCUGAAGAGAAUGCUUCCACAUUACAGGAUGAUACGAAACGGAGAAGAGAAGAUGAAUUCCGAGAUAGAAAACGUGAUGAGCGAGAUGCAAUAUCAAUUAAGAUGGAUGAGAGGGAGAGGGAUAAAGCAAACAUUAGCAAAGAAGAUAUUGAUUCAAAUGCUUCUAAAAGGCGGAAACUCAAAAGGGAGCAUAUGCCAUCAGAACCUGGCGAGUAUUUGCCAGCCACACCCACGGCGCCUCCUGUUUCAAUUAAUUUGUCACAGUCUCACGAUGGACGGGAUAGGGGAGAUCGUAAGGGGGUUAUAGUCCAAAGAUCUGGUUAUAUAGAGGAGCCAGGCCCGAGGGUCCACAGCAAAGAAGCAGCCAGCAAGGCAACUCGUCGUGAUCCCGAUCCGAUGUACGACAGAGAGUGGGACGAUGACAAGAGGCAGAGAGCUGAACCGAAGAGGAGGCACCGAAAAUAGACAGAUAUAGUAGUUCACAAAAUGGAACUUGUGAAUUCAAAGUAAUAGUCUGGUUGGAGAGGUCCCCAGUGUUUGUGGCUGGGGGGGGUUUUG